CACUGUCCUUCCCACCCCGGGCCGCGCUCCUCCCACGCACAGGACAGGACAUAUAUACUCGCCGUGCACAAGUCCUAGCCCUCAAAGGACAUUGUGACGCGCAACGAGGUGAGGGGCAUUGGAACAAGCUAACUUGUUCCCUACUACCGCGAACACGAAAAUGAGGCUAGGUGUGGCAUCAGCGGGAGGUGCGUGGGUCGUGGCGAUGGUGGUGCUGCUGCUCGGCGCGGGCAUGAUGCAGCCGCCCACCACCGAGGCAGCCGCGGCCCCACACGGUUGCUGUCGCCGCGGUCGCUUUGCAGCGGCGGCUUUGGGUUUCAUAGGGGGGUAUCUAGCGGGACGCCAUCACGGCUACCAUCAUGGCGGCUGCGGCGGCUGCGGUUCAGGAUGUGGGGGGUGUGGAGGAGGGUGUGGGUGGUGCGGAGGCGGCUAUUACGGCAGGCGGCGGAGGAGUCUAGACGAAGUGAUGGAAAGGGAGGUCAUUGAAGACAUGUUUAUGAAGUUCGCCUCACAGGACAAGGACCAGUGCGGACUGCGGCUGGUGUGUGAGUUGGCACAGAAGGAUCCCAACUACCUGACAGGAGACGAGACCCUCAUUCUUCUGCCGUACAGAGGCCGCGACGAGAGUGAUGAGAAAAGUUACUACGGACGAUACGACAAGGCUGUGUGGCACGGGCAACAUGGCAACCCCUGCAAGGAGCUCUUCUCGAAAUGUCCAUACUCCGCACCGCAGAUCAUGGGUUACACCGCUACCAACACCACGGACACCGUCGCCUGACUGCAGCCUACACUGCUGAUGUGUAUCUUGCGUUAUCACUGGAAUAAACACUGAAUUCAAA